UCGUACAAGAUUGGAAGCAUUGAAGACUGAAGGAAACAUGGCUGAACAAAACAAAGAAUACACUAAAGCGUUGCAAAUGUAUGAUAAUGCACUUGACGUUGCUCAGCAGUCUCCAGAGCUGUACAAAGAAGCUGCUAUACUGUACAGCAAUAAAUCCAAUGUUCUUUAUCAAAUGAAUGAUUUUAAAACUGCUCUUACCAAUGCUGUCGCUGCAACUAACUCUGACCCUGAAUAUUCUGAGGGGUAUUAUUGGUCUGGCAAGGCACUUCUAGAUUUAGAAUCUGCAGUGGACGCUUUUCUUAUGUUUGUUGGUGGAUGUUUAAAGUCAAGGAACGACGGUGAUAAGGUGUUACUCCUUACAGAAGCUGCAAUAAUAUUAAACAGUCUUUCAGAUGUCGAUUUACAAAGCUGUUAUGAAAAGUUGCACCAGUUUAAUACAUCUGUUUGGCCGGAUGUUCUGACGCGACUCAGUCAAAGAGCAGAAUGGAAGUCCAUAGCGUACUUGAUAUUGGGCUCCAGUUUGGACGUACUUAAAUUUGGCGAAAUAAAUAUAGCUGAAAGUAUAGACCAGUUCUGUACUGGAGUGGCUGGUAAGAGUCCUACAGCUGCUGUAGAAACCAGAACAGUAUUCAAAUACUUGGAACAGCAUAAUGGAAAAUGUAUAGCUCAUUGGUUGAAUGCUACCCUAUUCGUAGUUUACUCACAUGGGGGCGAACAGACAUUGAGAAACCUGACAGUAGACGGCAGAGACUGUCCUUUACACGCUGUCACACGAUUUGUCUUACAAACAGAAAGGACUUCUCUCCUGGAAGUAUUUCCUCACCAGAGUCCAAGUUGGUGUGAUGUAAGCAGUGGGGGUGAAUCAGUAUUUCAUCUACUUGCAAAACAUUCUCCGCCUGUUCCAGUAGAUUUCCUUGUGAAAGUGACUAAAUCAAUACUUGAGAAAGGUUAUAGAGGCAUUAUGAUGACAGACGUGAAUGGUAAACUCCCGUUUGACCUCCUUGAUAUCACGUACCCGAUGAGUGUAUGCAAUGUAUUUCUUCCAAACGAUUUGCGGGAAAUAAAAAUGGAUAAAUUAAAUGACAGAGGAGUUUCAAAGACUAAACACGGUGAUUAUUGUGGAGCAAUUUUACUGUUCAGCAAGGUUAUUGACUUUUACCGACAAGAAGCUGAGAGAAAUAGCUAUCUGUAUGGAAUUAUACUUCAAAAUAGGGCCAAAAGCUAUUUACAGCAGAAAGAGUACCAAAGGGCGCUAAAUGAUGCUAACGAAAGUAUGAAUGCCUUUGAAAAUCAAGAAUCUCAUUGGAUAGCGGGCAGAGCACUGAUUUGUUUAGAGAAGUAUGGACAAGCUUGUAUAGAACUUUUAUACGCCUACGACUGUGUUACGAUAUUAAUCCAAUCGAGGAGGGCAGAUAUAGUUUCUUAUUUAGCAAAACUAUUUUCUCUACCCGCCAAACUUCACUGUAAGUGUACUUAGAUUUUGUCAAACUAUUUUCAGCAGACG